AGUACUUUGAUCAACAUGUCCAAGUUACCUUUCAAAAUGAAAGUAGACUGCAUGUACUCAAGGUCUAUAUUUUGUGCAAAAUGGAGCAGAGAAAUGAGAACCAUCAACGGAAAUACUUAAAAGAAAUGAACUCAUAAUCACUUCUGAAUUUUUCACGAAGACAAUUAUGAUGACAUCUCGAAUUGUCAGAUGAGAAUCAAGGCCAAAACCACGAAGAACAGCUUUAUAACAGAAUGUUGUCGCUGUUUAUCCAGUGCAGACAACGGACUGUUACAUUCCUCUGGAAUUUCAUGAUUUUAUAUUGGAUGACUAGUCAAAUAAUAUGUUGUGGAAGACCAAAUAUUUUAUUCCUUGUGUUAGAUGAUUUCCGGCCUAUUCUACGCAGUUAUGGAAACCAGUUGAUAAAGGCGCCUAAUAUUGAUUACUUAGCCAGGAACUCUGUAGUCUUUACCAAAGCAUUUGCUCAACAAGCCCUGUGUGGACCUAGCAGGACUUCGUUUCUAACCAGUCGCCGUCCAGACACGACAAAACUCUGGGAUGUACAUUAUUACUGGAGAAAAUCUGCUGGGAAUUACACAACUCUACCUCAGUACUUCAAAGAUAAUGGAUAUCAUACAGAAUCCUUCGGGAAAAUAUUUCAUCCAGGAAUAGUUUCAGGACAUACCACAGAUUACCCUUACAGUUGGACUGUUCCUCCUUAUUUACCCUCCACACAACAGUACAAAAUGAAAAAGGUCUGCCCUGGUCCACAAGGCAAGCUACAGAUGAAUAUAGUUUGUCCAGUGAAUGUCUCCACACAGCCAGAACAGACUCUACCCGAUAUCCAAUCCACACAGCAUGCUGUACAAUUCAUACAAAAAUGGACCAAUCAGAGCAAACCUUUCUUUCUGGCUCUUGGGUACCACAAACCUCACAUCCCAUUCAAAUUUCCAGAGGAGUUCCUAAAAUUGUACCCUAUAGAGAAUAUCAAACUUGCCAAGUAUCCCACCAAACCCCCAGGUCUCCCCUCGGUGGCCUGGAAUCCAUGGGCUGAUCUGAGAGAAAGAGAUGAUGUCAAGAGUCUUAAUGUUAGUUUUCCUUAUGGCCAUAUUCUAGAAUACUUCCAGAAGAAGAUGAUUCAGAGUUACUAUGCCUCGGUGACCUACAUAGAUGACCUUCUGGGUCAUAUACUGACUGCCUUACGCAAGAAUGGCUUUGCCAAAAACACUAUCACAGUACUUCUAGGUGAUCAUGGUUGGGCCCUUGGUGAGAACCAAGAAUGGUCCAAAUUCAGUAAUUUUGAGGUGGCCACCCGAGUGCCUCUGUUGGUGUCAGUACCAGGAUUGACCUUUGAUCUCUGUAGACUGCCUCAACAUGUUUCCUUAUCCAAAAAAGCAUAUAAUAAAUAUCAGACCACAGAUGGUCUGGUAGAACUGGUGGACAUUUUUCCUUCUCUGGUGGAACUUGCAGGACUCCCCAUCUUAAAAACGUGUCCACGGAGUUCCUUCAAUAUAACACUCUGUACAGAAGGACACAGUUUCGUGCCUUUGAUAAGAAAUGCUACCCGACUAGACAUUAAUCCCCCUCUGAAAAGCUGGAAGUCGGGAGUAUUCAGUCAGUAUCCUCGUCCUAGUCUAAAGCCCCAGGAGAACAGCGAUCAACCAAAGGCCAUCAACAGCAGGAUCAUGGGUUACUCCCUACGAUCCCAGAACAGCAGAUACACAGAAUGGAUUCAGUUUUAUCCUAACAACUUCACAGUUAACUGGAACAAGGUGUUUGCCAAGGAGCUGUAUAUACAUGACACAGAUCCAGAGGAACAUUACAAUGUGGCCUCUUUACCUUCAUACCAGGAUAUUGUACAUAAAAUGUCUGUAAAACUAAGAAAAGGUUGGAGAGCAGCACUGCCAAAAACUUCAAGUAUACCUCCUUAUUCAACCUUGCAUACAUAA